AUGGAUAAAGUUAAACAAAAAUUAAGCUUUGAUCAACCGUCACAGGAACAAAUCCAUAAAUCACAUAAUGAAUUUGAUCGAUCAAUAGCUUCCAUCGAAAAUUUAACUAAGGAAUUAUUCUAUGAAAUAUUUGAUUAUCUUGAUGGUUGUGAUUUAUAUGAAGCAUUUUCAAAUCUUAAUGAUCAUUUUCAACAAUUAAUCAGUUCUUCAUUUACUUUAUUCAAAAUAAAAUAUAUGCGUUCAAGACUAGAAGAUGUAUUUCUCAAUAACUGGAAACAAAUAAUAUGUUUUCAUAGACAACAAAUAUAUUCAAUUAGCUUAUACAUGUCGUCACAUAUUAAUGAAUUUUUCUCAUCGUUAUUUAUUAUCAAUUCAUCAUUUAAUCAUCUUGAAUCACUUGUUCUUUGGGAAGUUAAACCAGUUAUACUUAUGUCAAUUUUUGUCAAAUUAACUUCUCUACCACGUCUUGUUUCAUUAACUAUCGAUAUGUUUAAUAUUUUAAUAGAUUUAACUGAUACUUACCGAUUAAUAUUUGCUUUACCAAUGUUAAAAUAUUAUAAAUUCUCAAUAAGUGACACAGAUUUAUCAGUUUCAUUACCUAUUGCUAUUAAUGAACAACAAAGUAGUAUUGAAUACCUUGUUAUUGAUCAUUGUUGUACUUUCAAUGAACUUUCUACUAUUAUAUCUUAUACACCUAAACUUCGUCAUUUGAAAUUUACACAUGACUUAAAUGAUGAUAUAAACAUUGGAACUAUUCCAUCAAUGACAUUAUCAAAUUUAACAUAUCUUUCAAUACAUUUAUAUAAUUUAACAUAUGAUCAAUUCGAAAUUAAAAAUUUUAUGUGUUAUUAG